AACCCGCCAUCACUGAAACUACCAAUUGUCCGCCUCUCGUUUCAAAUCUCAAUAUAGUUUACCCGGUCAAUGGCGGCCUCACGCACGUACCCCCUCCAGUCAAUCUAAAGGACCGUAUCGCUGCUCUUCAGCAGCGGAAUGCAUCUCCAAGUCAACAGCAAACAUCUCAAUUCGCUUCGAAGAACCUCCCAAGUAGUGGAACUGGAUGUUUACGCGACAGAAUCGCCAAAUUUGAGGAGAAGGGAGGAAUCCCUGUUCCACGAGGCAGCUUCGCUAUGGGCGCGCCUCAGUUGGCAGAGAACGCGCCAGCGAAGAAGCGUGGAGAAUUGUAUGGUAAUCGAGUGCAGAAUGUUGGGAAAUCGGGCGGCACGCCGUCGAGUCGGUCUGGCUCACCCCUCCCCCAAGCGGACGACUCACCUUUGCCAAGAAAACGUUGUGUCUCUACCGGGGGUACGCUCAUGAAAGGCACUCCCCCGAGAUUUGCAACGAAUGAACCUAUCCCGCCGCUUCCGCCCACGCCGACUCUUCCUUUUGCGCGUCGCAACUCCCUAGCAGUCGACUUUGGUCCUACGGAACGCGUCAUCAGCUCCGGAGAGGUGUCUCGGAGUGUGGAUGAAGACUCUGAAUCUCCUUCACCUUCUCCGUCUCCUUCGCCUUUGUUGGGGGUAGGAGACACUUCUCGAAUUAUAGCCCCGUCCCUGGCCCUUGAACCUGUCACCUCAUCAAAUGAUGCACUUCCCCAAGAUAUGGAUACACCAUCGGAGGCAGAACAGGAGUCAGCGGUACCAGGGCUUGCCUCGCAGGCUGACUCUACUCUAGUGGAGGUGACUCCCGCUGUUGAGCCUGAUCAGACUAUUGAUCCUCCUUCGGACGAGCAACCCCAAACAUCAUAUUAUCCCCCACUGUCGGUAGAUGCGUCCGUGACCGACGCUCAGCCCUCAGACGCUGCGCUUCCUGACUCGCCUUCACUUAUUUCGCAUUCGUUCGUCGCCCCCAAUGCGGCUACCGAAGCCUUGACCCAUCCCCAGACGUCUACCACUGCCCCAGAAUCUUAUUAUGUCAAUGACAACGUGGAUAAUGACGCAGCCCCAUCAUUGUUGGCGUCUGAAUCCCCGCCUACCGAGGAACGUGGGACCAUCUCUAUCAGCGCGCCUCAUCCAAGGAUUCAGGUUCAACCCAGCCCUCCAUCACCUGAUUUAGACAUAGAAGCCGCCAAGCCUGAAGUAAAGCGCUCUUUCACAGCCGUAGUGCAUCGCAAGGUCACAGAAAUGCCCGCCGCCACAUUACCGGCUUCAUCCCUUUCUGCACCUAUGACACCACAAAUUGCGCGAGUGCGGCGGAUGGGAAUCACUAUCGCUGCCGAGCCACUUUCGAGCCCGGGCUAUGGAGAACUUGCCAUCCUGCUAGAAGAUGCAGCAUUGCUUGAGAUGAAACUCACUGAGGGGGAUAGUUCAGAGUCGAUUGAAGCCGCAUUUCCCAAAACCCCAACCACCGACACUUUCGCAACCGAUAUUCGGUCCGUAUCUUCGUCGACGCUUACAGAACACGUCAAAGCUCCAUCCACGGAGACCGCAUCCCUUUCAGAGCGUUCUAUCUCUAUCCCGUCUAUUCGAGAACCUUACUUUGAUGGGGACAUCCCCGAGGAGGAUGAGGGUGACGGGAGGAGUCUGGCUUCAACGUCUGCGUCACAACGGUCUCCUUCUUCACAUAAAGGAUAUCUCUCGAGCAUUCGGCGACUGACUGGUCGUCGUUCGUCGAACCACAUGCCCGGAGCAUACCCUCGGGACAGCAUUUCAACAUGCUCUGAGGACUCUGCUCAAAUCGCAACACCAUCUGACCAUGGAGAUGGGUCAGGCUUUGGUAUCGCAUGGCCAAGUGUAUCUCCGAAGAAGGGCGGUAUGGGCAGGUCUAGCUCGUUCGCGGAUAAGCUGUUCAACCGCAACAGAACCAAGUCGAACGUCAGCACGAUGGAGUCAGACCAAGGCUCGAUAUAUAGCUCGUCAAAGAACUCGCCAAAGAGGUCGUUUACAUUAUCGCAGCCUCCCACCCCAUCCCCAACCAAAAGCUCUCCAGGUCGCCAUGCCAGUGAAUUACCCGGCUCACGUCCAUCGCACUGGAUGGUCUCACGGGACUCAUCAUCUUCUCCUGCCCCCAGUAUUCUUGAAAAGGAAAUAUUUGAUGAAUUUCCCUCUGUCCCACAGACACUUCCCCCGGGCCCACUUCACUUGUCUCCAGACCUUUCGGGAGCAGCAGUCCGUCGCUUGUCAACUCUCCCUGUAAAGGCACGGAAGCACUCGCAACAAAGGUUGUCCAUGGUUUGAAAUGCUCCAUCUUGCGUACCGAAGGAUUAAUAUGGAGUUAGCUAGCCUCGCUCCUCAUGUUGUCAUUGCUGUUUGCUUUCGCUGUGUAUUCUUGCUAUUUUCCAGCAUCGUUUGAAUGACAUAUAAUUUGGAUAGUAGGCUUGAGGCUUG